UUACUUGGGCCCUUUUUGAUCUUAUUUGACAUUAUAGCUGAAAGAGAGACAAAGGGGGUGACAUACAACAAUGGACUACUGGUCAGAUUUGAACCCUGGGCUACUGCAGCGAGGACACGGCCGCUGUACAUCAGCUCAAUACUCCACCAGCUGAGCCCCACUAUAGAGAUGGAUGAGAUGAGUGGUCCAGAUCCAAACUGUGAAGACAUGCAAAGGAAGGACCAAAGAUUGCCAUUUCAGAUCUUCCCAGUCCCCGACGAGGUCGCCCUGGGCCCAGAGACCACCUUAAACAACCUGGACCACGACCACGAGAAGGAGCGUCUGCCGUCCAUCGUCGUGGAGCCCACUGAGUUGAGCGAGGUGGAGAGCGGGGAGCUGCGCUGGCCUCCUGAGAAUAUGGAAAUGGAGGAGGACGAGGAGGACCUGUUCUUGGAGCAGUGCAUCCCUCCAGCCAACAUCGCGGACUGGGGAGAAGAGGAGGACGAGGAGGAGACGUCAGUUAUACUGAACCAGCAGCCGGGCUUGACACUCAUUGACCUUCAGUCAGAUGCAUUUAGAGACGACACCCCCACGCUCCCACCAAGCAGCGCUCCGGCCCUCAACCAACCUAACCUCUGAGAACUGUGCACCUCUGAAACCCCCGAGAGGAAACAUCCAGACAUGGCGCAUGGCAUCAAAUGUGACAAAACAUCCCAAAGUUUGACAGUAACAGCUGAUGCAAAGUGUGGACUGAAGCCAGCGCUGAUGAAGAUAAUCACAAUAUUUUGUAUGUGCUGGUAAAAGGCUUCACCGUGACAACUGUGACAGUUACGUCCAUAUUUGUAUUAAUUUGUACAAGAAGAGCCACACACAGACACGCUCGCACUCAUGGGAGCCUGAACAGGGACACAAAACACACAAACGCACAUUCUCAGAUGCACAAAACUCCAUAUCCUAAACCUUGAUGACAGAGAUCUGAGCAACAUUGUGUCUUUUCUGUUUUCUAAACUUUUUGGGAAAAUCUUGCUGACGCCAUGACUCCGUGUUUCAUUUCCCUUGUUAUUUCCUGAUUCUAAGGGCUCAGUGAUGUCAUGGAGCUAAAAGAGAGCAUCCUGCUAUGGCAACACAAUUCUUCUCUCGUUUGUCUUUUCUUCAUUUUCUAUGCUUUAUCUCUGUCUCCGAUGCAGAUAACAGCCUGUACCUCAUCAAACGUGUUUCUCAUGGAUCAUCACUUUGACUCCACCAGGGGCUGUUGUGGGCAUUUUCCUGGUUAUACCGUAGGGCUGUAGAAUGUGAGGACUUGACCUGUGGAGCGUGGAGAGAAGCGAACUUGGUCAAGUCGAUGUCACCGACCACAUGCUGUGAUUAUGUGAUGUGAUCUUAAAUCAGUGAAACAACUAUGCCACAAAUCAGAUGUCUCAUUGUGCGUUAUGCGAGUAACUAAUAGUGACUAAUGUCGUGAGCUUUGAAAUCAGAAUUAGUUAGACAGACGUUAGACAAGAUUCAGUUUGUCAUGCACGCUGAACCAAACAAACAAACAAACAAAAAACAAAACAGGAGGGCAGCUCUAGUUACUUUUCAUGACGACAGCUGUAGGCGCCAUCGAGAAACUGUAGUUGUGAAAUAAUGCUCUAUCUUGUGUGUAGGCUGAUUUGUGAAUAACAUGUAUAUAUGGAAAAGUUACUGUGUUACUGUAAAAAAUGAUUAUAAUGAAUUUGACAAUAAAGU